UAUCCAAAGAAGAAGAAGAACACGCCAACACCAGCAUGAACGACUCACGCAAACUACCCGCCAAAAUUGUUCCAGUUCAUCGAGGGAAACCUCAAACAAAUGCCACCAUGGCCGAUACCUGUCAACGUGCCUGGAUCGAAAGUGAUAGACAUCUGCGGCCAGAAUCGGAACGGGAACCGUUCCUUACCACUGGCAGUGGUUCGGAAGGAAGCGAAACGUCCAGCCUCGAGUGCGAACAGUUGUGUACGGGGACACGCGCCCGGGAAAAGAAAAAGGCGCGCAUUUUCUCGAUCGAUCUCGAGCGCGGUAUCGGUGGAAAGCGAUGUGAUAGUACCGGUGAACGGACACCGUCAGGUUCGGUUGGUUCAACCGGAACGGGUAGUACCAGUAACGAUGAUUCUCACAGCGAUGCCAAACUAGUCGAUAAGCUGCGAAAGGUGAACCGUCGGAAGCGGAAACAGCGGCCGGCGAGUAGGACGGCGAAGCUGCUCCAAUUGUGUCAGUGCUGUCCUUGGACCGUGCCGUGGAGUCUGUUGAUUGUCAGUGCCCUGCAGAUCGCCAUCUUUACUUACAAUAACGAUGCCAUCAACCAGAAACUCAUCUUCUCACCCGUGAAGCAGUACGAGGUUUGGCGCUUUGUAACAUACACUUUUCUCCAUGCUGGAAAUGUGCAUCUUGUGCUUAAUAUCAUCAUACAGAUUCUAGUAGCAUUUCCACUGGAAACGGAACAAGGUCAUGGGAAGGUGCUGCUCGUCUACUUUGCCGGAACACUAGCCGGUGCUUUAGGUGCUUCCGUGUUUGAGCCUACGCUUAUGGUUGGUGCGUCUGCAGGAGUUUAUUGCUUACUCAUGAGCCAUAUACCACAUAUCAUCAUGAACUUCCGCACGUUAUCCUAUCGUUACUAUCGACUCAUUGCCGUGCUGAUGCUGUGCAUUAGCGACGUCAUGUACUCCAUCCGUCACUGCCUUACCAAAGGAAAUCUACAGCCACGCAUCGGUGUGGCGGCCCACAUCAGUGGCGCCCUGUGUGGACUGCUGAUAGGUUUCGUCGUCUAUCGGUCCACGGUGGGACCGGACACAUCCAAAGCGGUUGCAGUGUUUCGGACCCUGCGAUAUCUAGCGUCGGUACUACUGGUGGCGUGGUUGGGCUGUACCGUGCUCUACAACCUCGACCGAAGCCAUGUGAUUCAGAUCCUCUAGCCAUUGAGCUCGUCAAAAUAGUCAAUGUAAGUUAAGUUUCGAAACGCCCAAUGAUCUAUUCAAAG